AUUCUACACUGUUCUGCUUAUUCUCUUGACUGACAAGUUGCGAAAGCCAUCACCACUCAAAGUUCGAACCUCGGCCCAUGUGCCCCUCUGCCCAACAUGCCUGGUAUCUUGCCCAUGAAAGUGAUCAAGGUCGGCGGCACUGGCACGCAGAGCCGCAUCGCCCAAGCCUGUGACCGCUGUCGUAGCAAAAAGAUCCGCUGCGAUGGUGUUCGCCCCUGCUGCUCACAAUGCGCCAACGUCGGCUUCGAAUGCCGAACCAGCGACAAGCUCAGCCGCCGAGCCUUCCCCCGUGGAUAUACCGAGUCAUUGGAAGAACGAGUCAGGAGUCUGGAGACGGAAGUCAAGGAUUUGAAGGAUCUGUUGGACGAAAAGGACGAGAAGAUCGACGUCUUGUCAAGGAUACAUUCGUUUUCGCCCGCGCCGCAACGAGCAGCAUCGAUGCGGUCCCCCUCGGCAGCCGCAACGUCCAAAUCAAGCCCCUCAGAUUCGUCGGAUGGUUUGAUUCAUGUAGAGCAAUCGUCAAAGCGCCCAUCCCCGAAGUCGCAGAAUCCGUUCAUGGGUUUUUCCACUACCCAGGGAUUUGCCGACGUAUUCACCGACAGACUUGUUAGCCAAGGGAAGUCUGCUACUAAAAUUCCCACGGUGGCGCUGACAGCAUUGUCUACCUCGGUAUCUCGAGGCAAGCCUAGCCAAGCGGUGAAAACACCACCCCGCUUGGUCUCCGAUCAACUGAUCAACAUCUUCUUCCAAGAAUGGGCGCCCCUGUACCCGGUGGUCCAUCGUCCGACUAUUUUGAAGGCCUAUGAGCAGUAUCUUAGUAAUACCGAGUCUCUUCAGCGCGAUGCCCAUGCCAUGGCGCAGUUGAACUUGAUCUUCGGUAUUGCAGCGCUCUCUUCAAUUUCGAGAACCAACCAGGACCCGACCUUCUUCGAGGAGAACUGGUCGACUACGCUUGAUUCAUUCUCGGGCGAGACCUCCAUGUCGAGCCUGCAGUGCUUUGCUCUUGGUCAGAUCUAUUGUAUGACAAAGGGCGAUUAUCGCACUCUGCUUCGCUACCGCGCUCUUGGUGUAGACAUUUGCCACCAGUUGGGCUUGCACGAAAAUCUAGAUACCUCGACCAAUCCUCUUGAAGAUGAGACUCGCAAGAAGGUUUUCUGGUCUCAAUAUGUUCUGGACCGUUUCUGCUCCGCUCUUACUGGAAUGCCUGUUCUCUUGCGCGAGGAUGACAUCCGGAUCGAGUAUCCGGUUGACGUGGACGAUGAAAAUGUCACCGAGACUGGGUUCCUGCCAACCCUCCCUGGUGAAUCCACCCGCAUCUCUAGUGCUAUCGCAUUGUUCGGGGCUUCCAGAAUCCUAAACAAGGCUUUGGAGGACAUGUUCUCUUCCAAGUCCGAAUACGAUGUAUCUGUUUCAAAGAUGCGCUCCGUUGCAGGACAGUUGGACGAGUGGCUGCAAACACUGCCUGCCCAUCUCCGUCUCGAGUUUAGCCAAGAUAAGCCUAGCACGAACGUCACUAGCAGCCGUUCCCCCUCCUGUCUCUUGUCUACUAUUUCAUCAGAUCUUUGA